UGUGUGUGUGUGUGUGUGUGUGUGACUGUUGUCUGGCACUCUCUGGCGCUGUGCAUGUGUCGCCUGUCUUUGUUGUUGUUGGGUUGAGGAGGAACUAUGACUAAAUGGUGCUCUCUCUGUGUGGCUUUCUCUCCCCUCAGUCGCCGAGACCACACUGACUGACUGAUCAUGUCUGUUCACAUCGUGGCUCUGGGGAACGAGAAGGGAGGCUUCAUCGAGGAAAGCCAAGCGCAGCCCAACCUGAUCACCACUUAUUUCGGGAGAAACAGUAUAAUUCGGCACAUUGAAGAGCGGCGGCUGCUCAGCUUCGCCUCCCACACCACCUUCCCCGCCUUUGCCGAGUACCAGGCUUGUGUUUUCGGCAGAGUGCGAGUCCUGGUUCACGACUGUCCCAGUUGGGAUUUAUUCGACAAUGACUGGUACAGCUCGCGGAAUGUGGUUGGGCAAGCAGAUAUCAUCGUCCUCAAAUAUUCCAUCAAUGACAAAGCAUCAUUUCAAGACGUGAAGGAUAACUAUGUGCCGAUGAUUAAGAGGAUACUGAACCAAUGGACGAUUCCAGUCAUAGUUGCUGCUGUUGGAGCAAGGCAGAAUGAGGAUGGACCUCCAUGCUCAUGCCCCUUGUGUACAUCAGAUAAAGGGAGCUACGUUCCUUCCUGUGAGGGUCUUCAACUCUCAAAAGAAAUUGGAGCCACCUACCUGGAACUUCACAGUCUCAACGACUUCUAUGUAGGGAAGUACUUUGGAGGUGUGUUGGAAUACUUUAUCAUUCAGAGCUUGAAGCAAAAAUCUUCUCAGAAAGAUAAGAAAAAGAAAAGGAGUAGCAGGCUUCACGUAGCACCACCACCUCGACUGACAGAGCCAGUCAAGCUGCCUUGUUUGAAGAUUGAAGACUCGCGGUACCACUGUGACCUAUUGGGCCUUUUCUAUAGCUCUCAGUGUGCAGAUGUGGCAUUUUGUUGCAAAGGUGGACAAGAAGUGGCCAGAGCUCAUAGGGUUGUGCUGUGCACAGUGAGCCAGGUUUUUAUGUUCCUGUUUGGUGUGGCGAAUGCCUGUGAACUCGAUGACUCUUCAGGAAGAAGCACUCUCGAUCUGUUUGUCACAGACCCAAAGGACAUUAAGCUGGCUCCUAACCAAGAUCUACAUUAUAACAGACACCCUAUAAGAGUUAUCAUUAGAGACUCGCUGCUGUGUGCCAGCUACCCAGAGAUCUUGAAGUUCAUUUACACAGGGGCUGACCUUUGGGAGGAGCUAGAAUCCACCCUGUGUAAGAAGCUGACAAACGCAGAACAAGCCAAGCACGUACUGGAGAUUGUAAAAUGUCUCGUCCCAUGUAAUGAUAAGAUGCUGUGUUCCAGCCCUGUCACCACUAGAAGAUCAAAUGCAAAAAGAUUGCCUGAAAGCCACUGCUGCACCCUAAGCCUUUUCUUCAAAUCGCUCGUCUUGGCUGAUGUGGUCUUUAAAAUACAAGGUACGGUGGUGCAUGCUCACAGAGCAGUCCUGGUAGCUCGCUGCGAGGUAAUGGCUGCAAUGUUCAAUGGUAACUAUGCUGAAACAAAAGCCUGCCUGGUGCCUAUUCAUGGGGUUUCCAAGGAAACCUUCCUCUCUUUCUUGGAGUAUCUGUACACUGAUGCCUGCUGCACAGCCAGCAUUCUCCAGGCCAUGGCCCUGUUCAUUUGCGCAGAAAUGUAUCAAGUACCCAGACUGCAGCAGAUCUGUGAAUCGUACAUUGUCACUCAGCUACAGAGCAUGCCCAGCAGAGAGCUGACAUCAACCAAUCUCAGUAUUGUCAAUCUACUGAAAAAGGCCAAAUUCCACAAUGCUAUUCGUUUGUCCACCUGGUUACUUCACUUCAUUGCCAGCAACUACCUCAUCUUCAGUCAGAAGGUGGAAUUUCAGGAGCUGUCUGAAGAAGAGCAAGCUUUUGUGGAGAAUCACAGAUGGCCUUCAAGUGUGUACUUGCAGGAGCUGACAGAAUACAGACAUCACAUGCACUCCAGGAGGUCUCGCUGCAGUCUCAUGUAA